CUAUAAUACUCUUAAAAAAAAAACGGUUUUAGACAACUAUACUUAGUUUGAUAUUGUUUCAGAAUAUGGACCACCACCUGCUCAAGGCUUUGUUCCACCACCUGCUCAAGGCUUUGCACAACCACCCCCACCUGGUGCUUGGGGUCCACCUCCACAAGGUUAUCCUGUUCCUCAACAUGGAUAUAUACCACCACAUGGUCAAUAUGGACAGUCUACAGUGGUAGUUACGCAACCAACUAUGACUGUGAUUCAACAGUUCAGAGAAUCACCAGUACAUACAAAAUGUCCACAUUGUCAAGCUGAGAUAGUGACAGCUACUCAAUAUGAGACUGGAACAUUAACUUGGAUAAUUUGUGUUGUCCUUUGCCUUGUUGGAUGUGAUUUUGGAUGUUGUCUGAUUCCAUUUUGUGUUGACGGCUGUAAAGAUGUGAUCCACAGUUGUCCUAACUGUCGUCAAACCAUUUCAAGAUACAGUAGAAUGUAGAAGAUGUCACCAAUAUUUUACAAAAAACUUUCUUAUUUGCUUUUUUAGGAGCUAUUUGAUUCUUAAAGGGAUUGUAAAGAGGUUUUCUUAACUUUUUAGGUGCUUUUAGAACAAAGGUACCAUUGACUUGAAUCAUUUUAAUUUUCAGUUAGACAUCUGUGGGUCUUGCAAUUCCACUAAAACUUAGCAAAGACUUUGCAAAGGCUCUUACAUGUCAUAAGCAGCAUUUGUGAUAGUCACUUUAUAAAACCCCAAGAUUUAGUGGAAUUGAAAGAACCACAUGUCUGACUGAAAACUGAAUUGGUCUAAAAUGAUGCU